AUGGAUACUUGGUUGGUUCCUUAUAAGGAGAAAUUUGUGGCGGCAUGGACAGACACGUGUAUGCAUUGUGGCAAUGUUACAACGAACCGGGCUGAGAGUGCACAUGCAAAACUUAAAAGACAAUUGGGUUCAUAUCAAGUCUCAUUUCAGGCAUCAUUUAAGAAAAUACACAGUCUGCUUGAGUUGCAAUACACUAAUAUGAAGGCUUCAUUUGAGAAAAGUCUAACUGUUGUGCAACAUCAAUUUAAACCUUCUCAGUUCAGGGAGCUGCGGAGUAAUGUGUCUAUCUCUGCAUUAGAGUAUUUGGUUGUAGAGAGUAAGAGAGCCAAUUCCAUUGGUAUUGAUGUUGAAGCUUGUGGAUGCGUCCUUUGCCACACUCAUGGUUUACUUUGUGCCCAUGAGAUUGUUGACUACAUCAGACAAGAUCAUCCUAUACCACUUGCUACUAUACACUCACAGUGGAGGCAACUUCAUAUCUCCAUAUGCAAGAAAGAAGAGGAAACGGAGGUGAGUUGUCAUGCAGAAGUAGAGUUAUUUAUGAACAAGUUUAAUGAAAGUGAUAGAACCAUGCGGUUAGAGCUUUUGAAGAAGUUGAUAGAGAUUGUAUAUUCGGGAAGCACUUUUCUUGUUGAGCCGAAGGUGAAGCCCAAAACACGUCCUGGGGAUCAUAAGAAGAUCAAUGUUUCUACCCGUCGUGACCCGUGUGCAUUUGAGUUGGUGCAAUCUGGACAUGAUUUCUUCUCACCUAGGGACACUCAAAUCACUACAUUAGCUUCUACUCUAGAAACCAAGAAGAAGCGACCUGUUAAGGGAAAAGAGAAGGUGAAUGCGAAAGUGAAGGUAUAUAUUACUAGAACAGUGAAACCUGGUGCAUAUGUUGAUGUUUUCCCUUCUGGGUUGAAACCAUACAUUAAGUUUGUCAAGGAUGUAGCUGCAUAUGGGAAUUGUGGUUUCAAGGCUAUAGUUGCUUCAAUUGGUCAUACAGAAGAUGAUUGGGCUCAGGUUAGGCGUGAUCUGUUGGGUGAGCUGCAUACACACAAAGAGGAAUACAUUACAUUUUAUGGGUCCUACGAAAGGUUUGAAGAAUUGACAAGCAUAUUGUCAUACUUUGAAAAUAGUCCUGGAUACUCACAUUGGAUGACUAUGCCAGACAUGGGGCAUCUUGUUGCAUCGUGCUACAAUCUUGUGUUAUACCACUUGUCAUUACAACAAUGUCUCACCUUUUUACCUCUUAGAACAGUGCCAGUACCUCAACUUGAUAGACGUGAGAUUGCCAUUGGGUUUGUCAACGGAAAUCAUUUCGUCCAAGUUUUGUUACAGUCAAGCCAUCCAGUUCCUCUUAUAGCCACUAAUUGGCAAAAAUGCCGUCACCCUUGCUGUAACAACCUUCAUACUGGUUACCGAUUAAUGACUGAUUGA